UUUGACCGAACAAGAAGGCACGCGCGAGACUCGAUUUUGUGUUUUUUGCUUUGUGAAAGAAUAUCGAAUAUCGUUGUGAUCAGCUUUUUUUCUCUCACUUCGCGAUCAGUGAAACACGGGAAUCCCUUUGCAAUGGUGAUUACAAUCGCAUUAGGAGGGGAUGAUUCAGGGAAUUAGACGCCUGAGAAGAAACGACUGUUCAACGGCUAGUGAUUGAUUUGUAGCAUUUCCAUGAAUUAGAAUAGGCAGGCUUCGUGUUCUGAAGUGCAUCCGCUCUAGGAGACACAACCAAGUGGAACGCGCGCGCCCUUAGCUCAAGUACAGUCAGUCAGUGGAUGUUCGAGGACAACAUGUAAGAUAUAGCACGUGCAUGCAGUUCGAUCGACAUGAAAAUUCUAACGUGCAUCGUAUGUAGUGUCUUGUGGAAGUGUGCUUAUCUCAGCAAGGGCAACAAGCAACAACAUCAACAAGCCAAUUGAGCGUGUGUUUGUGUGUGUGUUUCUCUUCUCACUCUGCGGUCUCUAAACAAAGAAAGUGCUCCUCUUGGCGUGUGAAUUUUGCUGCCAAAUUGCGACUAAAGAGCCAAGUGUAUUGUUGGUGUACAAAGUGAUAUGAGUGUUGCAACACCGCUGGUUCCUCUCAACAACCGUGAAGUCAGCAAUUUUAUAAAAUUAAUCUCAGCCCAGCGCCGCCACCUCCCCCGCAAGCCAGAGCAGCAGGGAAAGUGGCUACGACCAACUACCGAAGCUCGGUCAACAAGAAGAUGUUGGACACUGGCAGGAAAAAGAGGAAUGGUGCCAUGUCCGUCUGGAGCACUAGCACGGCCGGAAUCGAUACAGUGCUCGCAACCACCCUAGGAGCAGCCAUCAAUCCGAAAACCUUCAGUACAAAUCACCUGCCCAGUGCCGGCCUUGUGGUGACUCAGAUUCCGAACGGAAACGGAGCUUCGACAACCCCGGGUGCCCAACAGCAGCAACAACAGCAUCAUCAUCAUCAGCUAAAUUUCGUCAGCGCUGCCAGUAACAACAGUCCCAGCGGGAACGGGUUCACUCACGUCCAUCUGCUGACGACACCGACGGGGAAUCUGACCGGCAACGGUGGCGGCGGACCGUUCAGCACUAACAGUACCAGCAGCAACAGCAAUCACAGUCAUUCCCCACCCAGUCACGGAUCGUUUCCGCACAACAAUUCCGCGGGCUGGAACCGAACCAGUAUUUGCAGCACUCACAACAAGAGACGAUCGCACAUCAGUACAAUGUCCCAGUCCGGCGACGAAUAUAAUUCCCCCAACUACCUAUCCUGGCGGAAGCUGCAGCUCAGCCGAGCCAAGCUGAAGGCAUCCAGUAAAACAUCUGCGCUGCUAUCCGGCUUUGCCAUGGUCGCCAUGGUUGAAGUCCAGCUGGACGAACAUACCACCGUCCCGCCCAGUAUGCUGAUAGCAUUCGCCAUCUGCACCACGCUGCUGGUGGCGGUUCACAUGCUUGCCCUCAUGAUCAGCACCUGCAUCCUGCCGAACAUCGAAACCGUGUGCAAUCUGCACAGCAUCUCCCUGGUCAACGAGUCGCCCCACGAGCGGCUCCACUGGUACAUCGAGACGGCGUGGGCCUUCUCGACCCUGCUCGGGUUGAUUCUGUUCCUGUUCGAGAUUGCCAUCCUGUGCUGGGUCAAGUUCUACGACCUCAACACGACGGCCGCCUGGUCCGCGUGCAUCGUCCUCAUCCCAGUGCUCGUCAUAUUCGUAGCCUUUGCGCUGCACUUUUACCGAUCGUUGAUGACGCACAAGUACGAGGUGACCGUUUCCGGCAUCCGGGAGCUGGAGAUGCUCAAAGAGCAAAUCGAACAGGACCACUUGGACCACCAUCACCACCACGGGCCACCUUAUCAAUCCGUUCAGAUCGUUUGAUUUUUGAAAGGCAAUUUGUUUCAAAAUAUAUUCAUCCACCUCCACGGCGGCAACAUGCGCGUGAAUCUGUGAUUGUGAUUUCUAUUUAGUUUUUCGUUGAAUCUUUAUUAAAGUCGAUCUUUAUCUUUAUUUUUUUACUCUCGUUAACGUAAUAGUUUUAAGCACCGGAUAAAGUAACCUCAUUUCCUGUUUUUCCUUCUGCAUGAUAAACCAACAGAAGAUGAACCCUUCCACCCUAGCCACUACUAAUAUUGUGAUUAUGCGCUUAUUCGAAGUGAACGAAAGACAUAUUAUACCCCCCAUAGUUAGACUACGAAUGAUCCACUAUUUUUAUGUGUUUUUUUUUCGUUCAAACUAGUAAGCUAAUGGAACGAAUGUUACGUUAAGUAAGUUUCUUCCCUUGUAGAAGUUGCAAGUAAAAUGCGGUGUCCUGUUUUCAAUUGUAUUAGACACAGGACGCAACCAUGAUGGAGCAAAGUUGAAAUGAGUUACGUUGGUUGUAAAAUAAUUUUCAUCAAAAAUAAAUCCACUAAUUUAAAAACUAUAAAACAAUAAAAAAUAUUUUAUACAAAAA